AUGCGCAUCCUGCGCUGGGAAGGAGGGGAAGAGGGCUCGCAGAAGCGUACUUGUCGGAAAGCAUGGUUACGGUCGGUCGAGGAGCGGACAGCUCCUACGGUGGAAAGAGCUCCAGUGCCAGCAAUGGAUAUCCGGGGAGGGGAGGAGGAGGAGGAAGUGGAGGAGGACGAAAAUGAGCGACUCGGGUAA